CAUCUCAUCGCCCGCACGGCGACCCUGGCCACCGUUUCUCAUCUCCUAUAAAUCCGGCGCACCGUUUCUCCCCAGCCUCCCACGCCCAGCCCUGCCGCCGUUUCAGCAGAGCUAGUUUGAUCGGGGAAGAGGGGGUUGCCGAGGAGGAGGGAGGAAGAUGGCGACGUGCGCGGCGGACCUGGCGCCGCUGCUGGGGCCGGUGGCGGCGAACGCGACGGACUACCUGUGCAGCCGGUUCGCGGACACGACGUCGGCGGUGGACGCGACGUACCUGCUCUUCUCGGCGUACCUCGUGUUCGCCAUGCAGCUCGGGUUCGCGAUGCUCUGCGCGGGCUCGGUCAGGGCCAAGAACACGAUGAACAUCAUGCUGACCAACGUGCUCGACGCCGCCGCCGGAGCGCUCUUCUACUACCUCUUCGGCUUCGCCUUCGCCUUCGGGACGCCGUCCAACGGGUUCAUCGGGAGGCAGUUCUUCGGCCUCAAGCACAUGCCCCAGACGGGGUUCGACUACGACUUCUUCCUCUUCCAGUGGGCCUUCGCCAUCGCCGCCGCCGGCAUCACGUCGGGCUCCAUCGCCGAGAGGACGCAGUUCGUGGCGUAUCUCAUCUACUCCGCCUUCCUCACCGGGUUCGUCUACCCGGUGGUGUCCCACUGGAUCUGGUCCGCCGACGGGUGGGCCUCUGCCUCCCGCACGUCGGGGCCUCUGCUCUUCGGCUCUGGCGUGAUCGACUUCGCCGGCUCCGGCGUCGUCCACAUGGUCGGCGGUGUCGCCGGUCUCUGGGGCGCGCUCAUCGAGGGCCCCCGCAUCGGUAGGUUCGACCACGCCGGCCGAUCGGUGGCGCUCAAGGGCCACAGCGCGUCGCUCGUCGUGCUCGGGACGUUCCUACUGUGGUUCGGCUGGUACGGAUUCAACCCCGGGUCGUUCACCACCAUCCUCAAGACCUACGGCCCGGCCGGCGGCAUCAACGGUCAGUGGUCCGGCGUUGGCCGCACCGCCGUGACGACGACCCUGGCCGGCAGCGUGGCGGCGCUCACCACGCUCUUCGGGAAGCGGCUCCAGACGGGCCACUGGAACGUGGUCGACGUCUGCAACGGGCUGCUCGGCGGCUUCGCCGCCAUCACCGCCGGGUGCAGCGUCGUCGACCCGUGGGCCGCGAUCAUCUGCGGGUUCGUCUCCGCCUGGGUGCUCAUCGGCCUCAACGCGCUCGCCGCGCGCCUCAAGUUCGACGACCCGCUCGAGGCCGCCCAGCUCCACGGCGGGUGCGGCGCGUGGGGGAUCCUCUUCACGGCGCUCUUCGCGAGGCAGAAGUACGUCGAGGAGAUCUACGGCGCCGGCCGGCCGUACGGCCUGUUCAUGGGCGGCGGCGGCAAGCUGCUCGCCGCGCACAUCAUCCAGAUCCUGGUCAUCUUCGGGUGGGUCAGCUGCACCAUGGGCCCGCUCUUCUUCGGGCUCAAGAAGCUCGGCCUGCUCCGCAUCUCCGCCGACGACGAGACGUCCGGCAUGGACCUCACCCGGCACGGCGGGUUCGCGUACGUCUACCACGACGAGGACGAGCACGACAAGUCAGGGGUUGGUGGCUUCAUGCUCCGGUCCGCGCAGACCCGCGUCGAGCCCGCAGCAGCGGCGGCGGCGGCCAACAACAACCGGGUGUAACCAAUCAAAGAACGAACGUCGUCACACGAGAAGAAAUCACGGGUUUCUCUCUCCGAUCUCGAUCUCGAUCACGUCAUAAAUUAAAUUUGAUCCCAUGUUUGAUUUGCCAAAUGCUUUUGCUUUUUCCGCUCUAUCUUCUCCGUGUUGCAAGACUGUAAAAACAACAGUAGUAGGGUGGACGAGUGUCCUUCGCUUUUCUUCUUCUCGUGUACAUGCAUGCGUACGUGUCUUAGAGUGUGUGGUGCGGUGUGUGUGUGAGGAUGGAAGAAUCAGAGGUAGGGUUUAAUUUUCUUUUGCAAAAAAUGGUUACUGCUUCUAUUAUUAUUGUUAUUAUUUUGUGGUCGAAUUUUAUCACCAUAAGGGUGUGGUGGAAUGGUGGUCAAGAUAGGUGGCUGUACAGGGUUCAAAGACUUUGUUUGCGUGGGGUUCUUUUGUCCUGUGCUCCACCUCUCUAUCAAAACUUUGGCUUGUUUCAUGGAA